ACAUCGACGAGCAGCAUACGUCCACAUCGCAACAGAACGCCAUAGCGGGCCCUUCAACGAUGUCCGAAAUCCCGCCUCUCUUUCUUCCACCUCCAGGUCCUCCACGACCUCCACCAUACUUCAGGAGCACAGACGACCUCUUGAAACGCUUCGAACUCCUCCCUGCGUACGACAAGUACGUUCGACCCUUUGCUCCACCGGUAGGCCAGCCGUGUGCCACCGACAAGGGGAAGGGCAAGGAGAUCUUUGGCAGGGAUGCACCAGCGUCGUCUCCAGCAGCACCCACGCCCGCGGCGGGCAACGAUGGAGAUGAUGAAGAUGGGACUAAAGGAGAGAAGAAGUUUAAGAACUAUAAGCAUUUGAUCAAGUCGGUCCCUGGCAAGCAUUCAAUGAAGAAGGACGACUUCCUCGAAACCUUGAUGGUAGUCCCACCAAAACAGAAGAACAAGAUUGAGGCGUUCAAUGCACACACACAACAAACGGCAUUCUCGAUGAGCUUAGAGGGUCUAAAAGGCUGGAAUAUCCAUGCUCUUGUCGCGGAAUCUUCACAAGCGCGGGAAGACAGGAAGAGAAGGAAAGAGCUCAAAAAACUCGCGAAAGCCGGUCAGGGCCUCGUGCAAUCUGCAGCUGCCGCAGGGCCCAAUACUCCCGCAGGCCUCCCGUCGACACCGGCGGGCGCGCCACCCCGAACUUCCACACCUCAGCCUGGUAUCCCUAAACCUCCUCUAAUGCAUCAGCAGCCGUCGCAGGCGCGCGGCCUCACGCCCGUCGGCAUCGGGACACCGCAAUCCGUCUCCACACCGGCGCCUCAAACAGCCACACCCGCUGCCCGAGGAGUCAAGCGGGAGAGGGAUGAUACGGGCCUUCAGAUGUCCGGUAAUACGCCCCAAGGCACGUACGGCCAAGACGGCGCAAAGUCCGAACUAAGAGGCACGAAGGCGGGAAACGCGGGAGUGCGUCCGCGGCCGAUCAAGAAGGCGCGCUUGGACGGCAAUGGUCAAGUCCAAAUGCCCAUCCAGCAACCAACGCCACACGCAUAGGUGCUGGACGAUAUCUCGCAAUCCUGACUACGAUUGCCGCCUAUGCCACCCUCAACGUUGUUCGCGCUACCCAUCUUCAUGAAUGGCGCCACGUGCCGCUGCAUCCUGAAGCAGGUGCUAUGCCGUUACACCGCGCCGACUUCAGAGGCGACAGCCAUCCCUUCAUCUCAUACGAUAUCGCAUCCCUGGGCCCAUAUCUUAUAACAAGCAUACGUCAUCCACGCAUCCAUGCAUUCAUCCAGUCAUCCAUUCACAUAUCCGCUCCCAUCCGCCAACACAUUCCACCAUCCUCGUGAUCCAGAUUUGAACUCACCAGCAUUCAAUAACAUCACGUUGUAGACGAUCUC